UCGACCCUGAGAUAUAAAACAUGAAUUUGAAUUUCACCAUUGUUUUCAAAAAACCUGUAUACCAGACACCACGCAGCACAAUGGGAAUGAGUGCCACUGCGCUAAAGGAGGGAGGCUAACGAAUGUUUGAUUUGUUUGUUUGAUUAGAUUUAACAGGAAAGAAGAAGGGGUAGGGGGAGAGGUCAAUUACAGGAUGAAGAAGGCAUUAAAAAGUGAAAUGAGCACGAGAUGCCACCUAUUAACCACUUCAGCCCCAAAUCACCACCAGUCAUUCUUUGUCCACAGAGAAAGUUAGCGCCCCAAUCAACUCCACGCUCCACCCCGCCCACUUGUUCUCCCCCCAAAAAUAUCUCCUUUGUCAUAACCCGUAGCUCAUUGCCAUUCCUUUGCCCCAUCCCACCCCCUCCACUUCCUCUUCCUCCCACCCACCGUCCCCACAGUGCUAACCUCAGAUUGGUGAGCACCAACAGGUGCCUGCCCCACAGGCUUCCCAGUACAAACACAUUCCGCCCUUUCGUCACUCCCAGCACACGCACCCAAUCAGCCCGUGGUUUCACCCACGGAGCCAUGGCCACAAAGAGACGAAGGGACAGGAGAGAGAGACGUUAGCUGAACAGUGUGUGCUGCUGAAGGUGCCAUCUAUAGCUGCAAUCCAACUGAAGCUGUGCAUGUAAAUGCCUAAGCUAGAAAGGUGUGUCUUCUCAGGACGCUCCAUCUAGAUUCCAGGUGAGGCUGCGGAGGGGUCAAAGUGCCUGUGUAGCGGAGUGUGGGGCCUUUGAUUGACACACAGAAGUGUAAGAUGUCAUGACUGUCAUGACUGGACAAAUGAAGAUGAGGAUGAACAUUCAUGUGAGGAUGAACGCAUUUAUCAUCAUAUGCAGCUGCCUCUGUCUCACUUUUACUGGAGCCUCAGAAACAGAGCGGAGGCUCCAUCAGAAGCUGUUUAACAAUUACAACAUGAAAGUCAGACCAGCUCAUUACUGGGAGGAGAAGGUGAUGGUUCGAGUGGGGAUGACCCUCUCUCAGCUUGUCAGCUUGAACGAGAAGAAUGAAGAGAUGACAACCAACGUGUUCAUGAAUCUGGCAUGGACGGACUACAGGUUGUCAUGGAACCCGGAGGAAUAUGACGACAUUAAUGUUUUGAGGAUUCCUCCCAACAAGGUGUGGCGUCCUGACAUCUACCUCAUAAACAAUAAUGACGGUCAGUUUGACGUGGCUCUGUACGUCAACGUCUUGGUUUACAGUGAUGGGACAGUCAACUGGCUUCCCCCAGCCAUCUACCGCAGCUCCUGCUCUAUAGAGGUGUCGUACUUCCCAUUUGACUGGCAGAACUGCAGCAUGGUUUUCCGCUCGUACACCUAUGACGCCUCUGAGGUGGACCUGCAGUACUUUCUGGAUGAUGAGGGCAAAGAGAUUCACGAGAUUGUUAUAGAUGAGAACGCUUUCACUGAAAACGGAGAAUGGGCCAUCUGUCACAAACCCUCAAGAAAGAACGUAAAGGAGGACCUGUAUGAGGACAUCACCUUCUACCUCAUCAUACAAAGGAAGCCUCUUUUCUACAUCAUCAACAUCAUCGUGCCCUGCAUCCUCACCAGCGUGUUGGCUAUAUUUGUCUUCUACCUGCCUCCUGGAGCAGGAGAGAAGAUGACUCUCUCCAUUUCUGUCCUCAUCGCUCUGACUGUCUUCAUGCUUUUGCUGGCUGACAAGGUCCCUGAGACUUCUCUCGGCAUCCCAAUUAUUGUCAACUACGUCAUGUUCACCAUGAUCCUGGUCACGUUCUCUGUCAUCCUAAGUGUGGUUGUCCUCAAUCUGCACCACAGAACGCCAAGCACACACAUCAUGCCAAACUGGGUUCGAAAGGUAUUCAUUCACUUCUUGCCCAAGUACAUCGGCAUGACGAGGCCAAACCCAGAGGAGCCUCUGUUAAAGGAGGGGUCUAGUGAUGACACGCCCUCCCGAAGCUUCAAUGGCAGGCAGCCUGGAGGAGAGUACUUCUUUCGCAAGAUCAACCCUGAUCUCGUCAUACCCUGGAGAGGCAGGUGUGAGAGCACAGUGCAGCUCCAGCGGCUCCCGGACACUGACAGCUACUGUCUGAUUCUCCCUCCCAACCUGAAGUCAGCCAUCGCUGCCGUGACAUACAUGGCCGAGCAGCUGAAGAAGCAGGACACGGACGACACGAUGACAGGAGACUGGCAGUUCAUCGCCCUGGUGGUGGACCGUCUCUUCUUGUGGCUGUUUGUCAUCAUCACCACCCUGGGCACCCUGGCCAUGUUCUUGGAUGCAAGUUUCAACUACACACCUGACAACCCUUUCCCAUAGAAGACAAAACACACACACACAGUUGGAGCUUGCUACAUUGUUUGGUCGUCACUUCUUCUUAUUGGUGAUUUCUGAGCUCACUGGUUCUGACUUUCCAUAAAUACCUUUAAACCUAUUCCAUAUUUCUGUUGUCAGCCUCUGAAAUGUUUUUGUAAGAUCAGAUAGCAGAAGAAAACGUGUAGAACCAUGUACACAGGCCUGACACACAGCCUACAUGAUAACAGAAUCCAUGUGUAGAUCUAUAGAAGGUAAAUGUAUAUGUGGUAACCCUCAAUGGUUUUGCAUUGUUUUGGUUUUUUUUGUUGUUGUCUAAAUCAUAUAUUUAACACAUUGUGAUCUUUGUUAUUUGAGUCUAAAAGCUUGAAAUACAUGUUUCUUGACAUGACAGUGACACUGUUGGGUUUUUGUUUAAAGUGCCACCCUCUUUAUAAAUGUGCUGUACUUUGUGGAACAUGCAGGAAACCACUAGCUUGUGUUUGAAUCUGCGUUGUCCUUUGCAAGAACAGUGAUUACACUUGGUGAUUGCAAUGUUGGCCUUUGGGCAGUAGAGGGCAGUAAUAUAAUGCUAAUUCAAAAGAUGAGAACACUGCUGUUGAAAGAAAACUGGCAAAAGGUUCAUAUUUCUGAGGUUUUUUUUGUCAGUCUCCCAUUACAUAUGAAUAUAAGAAAGUUUAUCCCUAAUGUUCUGUUUGGAGAUCCCAAACAGUCUUUAAAAGCUCAUGAAACAUAUUUGAUAUUGUUUUAUCACCUUGAUACUCCAUGACUUUUAUCCAAGACACUGUGGUGAUUAUCAAAAUGAUUAAAAAAAACACUAUUUACAAAAA